UCCUCCCUCGUCGCGGGCUAACAGCGCUUCGGCUGCGCGGCACCAUGUCGGCCAACUCGCUCUUCGAGGUGCGCUACUCCUUUCCCGACUCGGGCCCCGCCGAGGCGCGCAAUGCGCUGCGCAGGGCUGCACACGAGCUCUCCGAGCGCGGCCUCAGCGCUGCCGCCUCCUGGGCGCGCGAGCUGCUCAUCUGCGUGCCGCGCGUGCCGUCUGGCGCAUCCGCCGUCGCAGGCCCCAGCAGCGCCGGACCGUCGCACUCGGCCAACGGCACGCCGGCACGCGCGCCCUCGACGAGCCGCCUGUUCCCAGUGCACUCGACGCCGGCGCUGGGGUCCAUGUACCUGCCGUCGUCGCCGGUCAGUCAGCUUGGCCUGCGGUCACAUCUUGUGCCUGGUGGCGCUACGCCAUCGUCACAGAUCGGCGACGACUCGGGCCGCUUCCCCUCGCGUGCGCCGCCGAGCCCGCUCGCUCGGAACGCGUACUACGCCGACGGCGACGACUCCUCUUCGUCACUGGACCAGUCGCAGCAGGGCUCGGCGCAUGUGCACUUUGCACCGUCGCAGGAGACGUCGCGACUCAGUGACGUCGGUAGUGAGGCUGAUGCGGCAGGGCAUACUGAGGACGACGAGGACGACUAUCAGUUCGCGCGCGCCAUGUUCGAGCAGCAUCACUUUGAGCGCUGCGUGGCAUGGCUGGAGAAGCGGCGCAUGACGAGCGAUCGGGCGGAGUUCCUGCGGCUGUACGCCAAGUACCUCAUCAUCGAGCGACGGCUUGACGAAGAAGGUGCGAUUGUGUCGCCGGCCUCAGUAGAGACUGCGCUCCGGCAACGCACGUCCGACGGCCUGCUGGUUCUGCUCAAGGAGCUCAUCGAUCCGUCAGAUCCGUAUCUGCUGUACCUCAAAGGCGUGGUGCUGCGCAAGUUCAACAAGCGCAUCGAGGCGAUCGACUGCUUCAUUCGCAGCCUCGAGCUGCUGCCGUACUGCUGGUCGACAUGGCUCGAGCUGAGCACCGCGCUGGACCCCGAGGGCGAAGAGAUCAUCGAGCUCGCCUCGCUGCUGCCCGACUCGUUCAUGACAGCCUUCUUCAUCGACCACUACUGCCGGCGCGUGCUGCGUCUGCACCGCCACUCAAACGAGGUCGCACGCUGCGAUGCGUUGCUCGCGCUCUUCCCCAACAGCCCGUACAUCCUGAACUGCAAGGCGCACUCGCACUACAUCGCAGAGGACUUCGCAGAGGCUGAGGCGCAGUGGGACGAGGCUCGCGCGCUCGAUCCGUACUGCCUCGAGGGCGUCGCCGAAUACUCGAACCUGCUCUUCGUGCUCGACAAGCCCGAGAAGCUGGCCUAUCUCACGACUUCGCUCGUGGAGAUUGGCCGCGACAGUCCUGAUGCAUGCUGCGCGCUAGCGAACUAUCACACCAUGCAGCUCAACAACCAUCGCGCGGUCGAGGCACUACAGCGCGCCCUGCGCCUGGACCCCAGCUGUCUGAAUGCCUGGAUUUUGCUCGGCCACGCCUACGUCGAGCUGCGCAACUCGCAAGCCGCGACGGAGAUGUACCGGCAUGCGCUGGAUCUUGCACCGCACGACCAUCGCGCGUGGUACGGCCUGGGCCAGGCGUACGAGCUCAACGAGUCGCCGCACUACGCGCUGCACUACUACCAGAAGGCGUGCGCGCUCAGCCCGUACAACGCCCGCAUGUGGAUUGGCCAGGCCGUCUGCUUCGAGAAGCUCGGGCGCACACAGCAUGCGAUCUCGAGCUACAAGCGCGCGCUGUCGCUCGGCGGCCAGGCGCCGGCGGAGCAGAUCGACCUCAUCGGGCACAUCAUCGGCGUGUACCAGAGCGCCGACGAGCACGUCGCCACGGAGGUCUGGCACCGCCGCAUCGUCGAUCUCGUCACUGCCUCGCAGGACGGCCCUGAGCCGCUACCCUUCUCCAGAUAUGCGCCUUCCUUCCUCGCCACGUCGCGGAUGCUGCUGCGGGAAGCAGGCGCGCACACAGAUCCGUCCGACGCGGAUCCAGAGCCUCUCGAGAUCGACAGCGACAUCGCCGGCGGCGCCGACACGACGGACGGCUCGGCGAUGGAGGUCGACGACAGCAUGGGCCCGCCCGUCGCGGCCCGUGCGCCCUCUCUCACCACGGCCAAGCUGCAUGCUGCCGCCAAGUCCAAGGCCGCCGCGGCGCGCGCCAACGUCGAGCUCGCCGGCGAGUUCCUGGCGCGCAUCAUUGCGAGCGGCUCGGAGCGCGCCGGCGAGGCCGAGGAGCUGCAGAAGAUCAUCGCCACGCUGCCGGGCGCCGGCGGGUGAGAUGCAGCAGGCCAUCUAUUGAGACUCUAUGGAUCGUGACAGGAUGUGACCGGGGUGGGGAGCGUGAUUAAAAGUUUUAAGCGA